GUUAACUUGAAAGUGCUUAGUGAAAACUAAUUGGGAUGACGUGAAGAAAUAGUAAAAAGAUGAUUGGGAAAUGAUGCGGAAAUGAUGACAAGUUAAAGGAGUGCAUAAGACAAGUGACAGGAAAUAUAGGAACUAAAAGAGGUAAAGUAUGAGUUGAAAUUGUUGUUCCACCGUCGAUGAAGCAGCCCCCCUAUUAUCGAUCCCUUGAAGGUAUCCUGUGGAACAACAAACCGUUACUAUGACUACUGCCUGCUGCAUACGAAGUCGGCGCCACGUUUGUCCACGUUCUUCUUGUGUUCCUCGUUUCUCGCAAGCAUUAGGUAUGCGUUGCUUUGGUCACGUCGUUGAGAACAUCGAACGCGUCUACGCGAUUGGAGAAAUAAUCGAAUGAACCGAUCGAGCGAAAGGACCCAGCGACGGAGUGCGGUGGACGUCUCUCGCAGAAACAACUUCAGCAGCACCCAAGAGUCUUCGUCGUCGUCUGACAGUAACGAGAACUUACCGUAUACAAAAAGCACCAGCACACCUGUGAGAAGCAGGUGGACGGACAGUGGUGAAGCUAUCAGCAGGUCAAGAAACAGGCAGAGUCCAUCUGAUACCGAGGAUACCGAAGAAGAGUCCUCUGAUGAGAAGGAAUUGGAAAGCCCUCGGAGACACAAUGAAGAAACACACGGUAGCCGAGAAAAGCAUCAGGAUGAAAGAGUUGCUCAAAAACAGAAGAGAAGACACGAUCGUCGUGGAAGACGGAGACACGAUAAACGCUUCGAAGACUCUGAAAACGAGGAGAAGAAAGAAACGAGUCCCCAGUCUUCUGGAAAGCGCUAUGGGGAUGGUGAUGCCGACCAUUCGAAAAGAAAAAGUCGGGACUUUCAAGGAGAGAACGAGUUGCCAAUCACGGAGAUACUGAAGAGGAGCCAGGAGAACGCGCGCACAAAGUACGAGGACCAGCCACCCCUUCCAGAGUUGACUACGGAUAAAAUUUACGUACAGUACAGGGAUGGUUUCAGCGCCAUGAAAAUUAGUCGAUCGAGAGGUUCACGAGCAGGGAGGAAAACGGAAACGGAUGACGGGAACGAUAUCGUUGAGAAACGAGAUUCUCCGCCAAUAAGGGUGGCCAUUAAGUUUCAACAAUGUUCAAAGAGCAUCGGUCUCGUCUUUCAGGGCCUUUUGGGUGGCAUGGCGCUUAUGCACUUCAUAAUGCUAAACGUCCUUUUCGAGACUUCCAUGGAAUUCGUCAUAGAUCACUCGACAAUUUGCGAGAUCUACGCCAACAUAUUUUCCUUCUGUAUUGCCCUGUGCAUCGUCUGCACUCUUGACAAGUACGUCACAAUAUUUUUACAAAUGUGUCUCGUUCUAUUUACUUGUUCACUUUCUUCCAGGUUCGAUUUGGCUCGAUUCGACAUGUAUCACUUGCGCGAGAUCUACUCCGACUACAAGAAAGCAGUGAUCGCGGUUCCUUUAUAUCUGAUCGUAUUCUGCCUUCAUCAGAUUUCUUCGGGAACCGACAAUCGACUCGCAUCUGUGCACUAUUACAACGCAAGCGACACCGUGUGGGAGAAUGUUACCCAUACGCAAAAUCUCGUGAACGAUUUAACCAGCUGGCAGAAGAUAUCAAUGUCAAAGGACAUACUAGCUAUCUUCGCCUGGCUGUUCGUUUCCCUCAGCACCAAGGAUGACGCGUUCCUGAUUCACCUACGAUCCAUGGAGAAGUACGCCAACGACGUCGAAUCUUCUCAACGAUAGACGCGACCUAGUUCAUUCAAAGAGAACGUUACUUUUAUUCGGAUUAGUGACUGGCUCGUGUACGGUUUCAGUUUUUAUUCGUAACAGAAUAGGGUCUGAUAUGUACAAUAUUUAUAAAGUUUUCCUAAACGCUAACAGAUAAUACACGUACAUGUAAUACCAAUGAAGACAAUAACAUUAAGAAUAAAAUAUAACAUACGGCGCGAUCGUACAAUAGUAAAAUAUGGUCUUAGACUUCGUCUCGUGCCCGAUGCAGAGUUGUGUCUACGAUUGUAGGAGAGAAUCGAUGUUGUAAGCGUUCGGUCAGACGUUAUCUCCAAACUAGGGAUGAAAACAAUGUUGCUAUAUUAAUGCACACUGCCAUAAAGGUACCUUACCGAGGAGUCAAAGCACUCGAAGGCACAUGUGGUCGAACCCUGUCGAACUCUGGCACAUGUGCCCUCGAUAGCUCUUCGCUAGAAGAGUUCUUCUAGAAGAAGAUUAGAUCGAUUCUUGCCCACAAACGCGGACUCAACACGCUUCGAAAGUUUUUGUUGUACGACUAAACGUCAGCACACGUUAUAAAUAAUUGUGCGAAGGCUCUUGUAUUAACCUGCGAAGCAACAGAUAAAUAUAUAUUAUAUGUAUAUGUAUAUAAAUACUGUACGUACAUUUACAACGCUAACGCAUUUCCGUACUCUCCUCGAAUAUACAUAGUCGAUCGUUUAAAAUAUCUCUGGACUUUAAUAACGCUAUUAUUUUCAUCAAGGCACUGUUUACAGUUCACGUACGAGGUCGACGACCGAUUCGAGUCGAUCUUUCGCUCGUGGGCAGCCGAUACGCGUUCUGGAGGUAAACGAUGCGCAAGAUUAGCUCCGAUCAUGUCGAAUAAAUUAAGGGGGUGGGAGGAGAGAAUGGGGAGAAGAACGCAUCGCGAUACAAGCAAAUCCAAGAACGCGGAUCGGACGUUCGUCGGCGAAGACCGAUCGUUUCCCGUCGUUGCUCGACUGAUCAGAUCUCUCUUUUUCUCUCUCUCUCUCUCUCUCUCUCUCUCUCUCUCUC